AUGGUUGAGGCCAGCACCCCACACCUGCAGGGUGAUCAGUCCAUGUGUCUCAUUGAGACUGGAGCCCCAGUGCGCCUGGACCGACUGUCAGAGGCAGCCAAGGUGAACACAGACGCCAUGCGCUCGGCUCAGGAGGAGAUCGUCGAGUACCGGCGGCAGCUGCAGUCCAGGACCACGGAGCUGGAGGCCCUCAAAGGCACCAAGGACUCCCUGGAGAGGCAGCGCUCUGAGCUGGAGGAUCGGCACCAGGCUGACAUUGUGUCCUAUCAGGAAGCCGCCCAGCAGCUGGACUCGGAGCUGAGGAACACCAAGUGGGAGAUGGCCGCGCAGCUGCGGGAGUACCAGGACCUGCUCAAUGUCAAGAUGGCGCUGGACAUCGAGAUCGCCGCGUACAGAAAGCUCCUGGAGGGAGAAGAGUGUCGGAUUGGCUUCGGACCCAGUCCUCUCUCCCUUUCUGAAGGCCUCCCCAAAGUUCCCUCCAUAGCUACCCACAUAAAAGUGAAAAGUGAAGAGAAAAUCAAGGUGGUCGAGAAGUCAGAGAAGGAAACUGUGAUUGUAGAAGAACAGACGGAGGAGAUCCAAGUAACCGAAGAAAUGACCGAAGAAGGAGAAGAAGAAAAAGAGGCCAAAGAGGAAGAAGGCAAGGAGGAAGAGGAGGGAGAAGAGGAGGAGGAGGAGGAGGAGGAAGCAGAAGGGGCAGAAGAAGCUGUAUCUCCAGAGAAGGCCAAGUCUCCUGGGAAGGAAGAAGUCAAGUCCCCAGAGAAGGCUAAGUCCCCAGUGGAGAUCAAGUCCCCAGAGAAAGUCAAGACCCCAGAGAAGGCCAAGUCCCCAGUGGAGAUCAAGUCCCCAGAGAAGGUUAAGUCCCCAGUGAAGGUCAAGUCCCCAGAGAAGGCCAAGUCCCCCAUGAAGGAAGAAGCAGAGUCCCCCCAGAAGGCCAAGACCCCAGUGAAGGAGGAGGUCAAGUCCCCUGAGAAGACCAAGACCCUUGAGGUGAAAUCCUCAGAAGCCAUGACACCUAUAAAGGAGGAAGUACGGUCUCCUGCAGACGUCAAGUCCCCCGAAAAGUCCAAAACUCCUAUUAAGGAGGAGGUCAAGGCCCCAGAAAAGGUCAAGUCUCCUGAGAAGGAGAUCCCAAAGAAGGAAGAAGUGAAGUCCCCCAUGAAAGAGGAGGAGAAGCCCCAGGAGGUUAAAGGCAAAGAGCCCCCAAAGAAGGGGGAGGAAGAGAAAGGUCCAGCUGCCCCCAAAACUGAGCAGAAGGACAGCAAGAAAGAGGAGGGGCUCAAAAAGGAGGCGGCAAAGCCUGAGGCUGAGGAGAAGGGACCUGCUGCCGAGAAGCCCAAAGAAUCCAAAGUUGAAGCCAAGAAGCAAGCGAUGGAAGGAAAGAAAGAGGCGGCGACCCCAGAGAAGGAAGCUCCUGCCAAGGUGGAGGUGAAGGAAGAGCCCCAACCCAAAGAGAAGACCGACGUGGCCAAGAAGGAGCCGGGCGAUGCCAAGGCCAAAGAGCCCAGCACACCAGUCGAGAAGGAACCGAAAAAGCCUAAAAAGGAGGAGGCACCAGCCGCACCGGAGAAAAAGCAGUCCAAGGAGGAGAAGGCCCCCGAGGCCAAGAAGCCUGCAGAGAAAUCCAAACUGGAGGCCCCAGCCAAGGAGGAGGACAAGACUGUGGACAGCAAACCCAAGACGGAAACAGUCGAAAAGUCUUCCAGCACAGACCAAAGAGACAGCAGGUCUCCGGAGAAGGUCCCGGAGGAGAAAGCCACCCAGGGGGAGAAGUAAGUCAGAAAGAGGAACAUUCUGGAGCAGCCAAAGAAACUCAGGAGGGGCAGGCGGGAGCUGGUGGGUCCUUGUAACAAACUUUCAUCUGUCCUUCCCUUUCUUUACAUCCCAAGACCCUCUGCUUAGAUGGCGGGGGCCCUCCGUCACCAAACGGACAUUUCUGUUAGCAAUAUGUUCCACAAGAAAGGGGACCCCCCCCAGCCCCACAGCCCACCCUCAAAACCCUCCCCAGGCGACAGACAAUUAUGAUAGCUUAUGUACCCGAAUGUGAUCUUUGCAGAAUGCCACACUUGACUAUAAAAACUGCCCCCCCCUUUCCAAAUAAGUGCAUUUAUUAUCCUGUAUGCGCAACUGACAGGUGAGCGCAAUAAUGAAUGAGCAGUUAGAAACGCAUUAUGCUUGAGAUGUCUUAACCUAUUCCCGAAUGCCUUCUGAUUUUUCCAAAGGAGUGGUUAGGCCCUUGCCCAGAGCGCUCCAUCCCGGAAGAGCUGGAGCAGGCGGGGCUGGGCAUUGACCAUUGAAUCACGCCAGGGCGCACUUUUCCACUGAAGUCUACUUCCAAUUGCUUCCAUGCAAUAAAACCAAGUGCUUACAAAAGGAA